AUGCAGCAAGACAACGCACCUCUCGAAAAAGCUAGUGCUCAGGCAAGUUGCUGGUGUGCGGCUCCCGCCGUGUGGACAGAUGUAAUCUCUUCCAAGAAGGCAUUGCUUGAAGAGGCUUUCAAGAAGCCUACCGUUUGUGAACUGAAUGCUGCAAGAGCUCUGCUAGCCAAUGUGGCAGGUCAGCACUGGCAUCAAUUUGUUGACAGUCAACUGUCUGGUACAUAUCAGAAUCACACGAUCUCAAGGACAUGUUCAGACUCAAAUCAAGUUAUUCACAUGUGGUUGCGAGUCCACGUGAGUCUUGUGAAAGAAUUGGUCGUAGCACAAGCAACACGAUAUCAUGAGUGGCACGCACACGCUAAGAAAUGGGCUCUACAU